CAGGGCCAAGUCCUCCUCUUGGCGCGAUUCUGUCGCCAAAACCCGAGUUUCCUCCCUUGAGAGACUGCGUCUCUACCAUGACGGCGUGGAUGAAGUAUCCUGCCAACACUGCGAUCGCCAACUUCGAAUUUAUCACCUUUCCUGGCAGCUUAAGAUUUCCCUGUCAGGUCGCUAUCGCUGACGGCUUCGGCGAAUGGAUCAUUGCUCCCACAACAAUCAAUCACGGCAUCACAAAAGGUGCCCUUCUCAGCCGAAUUAUGAGCAUAAGGGCCCGCACAGGAACCUCAUAUUGUAUUGGAGCUGCCACAGUUCACACCUACUAUCCUGUGAAGAGUGGUCAAAGCGGAUGGAAGAUCUGUGAUGAGGAGGCCAAUGACUUUCUCACACGCCUGCAGGAAGCCGGAGUUGGCAAUGACCAGACUGACGAAGUCAUGAACACUGGAGAAGAAGAGGAAGAAGAGAUUGACCUGCGCUUCCACGAAAUCUUCAGCGAUGUCGAAGAUGAGGAACUCCGAGACAGCAAUGAGGAUGGCGGAGAUCUUGACAACCACUUCCACAAACUUGGGAGCGACGUCGAUGAUGACGAGGAAACUGAAGGAUUCGACAGUGAAGAGGAAACUAGAGACUACAAUAAUGACAAUGAGACUGGGGACUGCGAUGAAAUCAUGAGCGAUGGCGACGACGACGGCGAUAUUAAUGGAUAG